AUGGGAAACUGCUGUAUGAGGCCAAGCUGGGACGAGUGGGUGGGCACGGUGCGCUUGCUCAAGGACACAGAGGAGAAUCAGCGGCGCAAGCAGCAGCUGAAGCAGGAGGCUCAGGCGGGCGGGCGCAAGGACAAGGCGCCUGCUCGUGGCAAGGUCACCUCGCCAGAUGUGCAUGGGUCAGGAGGCAAGGGGCGCAAGAGAAAAGCACCAGAUCUCGUGCCGCUGCCCUGCAGGCCUUCUGUGGCGGAGCUCCUAGCGGAUUUCAUCAGCUCCAAGCGCAGCAAGCGGCGGGGCAAGGGCAUGGCGGAGGUGGUGAACGGCAUACGGUGCUACUUUGACCGCUCGCUGCCGCUCAUGCUGCUCUACAAGGAGGAGCGCGACCAGUUCCAAUGCGUCUUCUCCCGCCUCACCGCCGCCGCUGCGGCGGCCUCCGCCUCUGGUGCCGCCGCAGCAGGAGGAGGGGGGGCGGGAGGAGGAGGCGGGAGUGGAGGAGGAGAUGGGACAGCAGGAGGGGGAGAGGGGGCGCGGGGAGGGGGAGGGGGUGGGGGAGUGUCGGAUGCUGUUGCUGCGCCGUCGACUGUACGGCCGUCGGAUAUAUACGGGGCAGAGCACCUGCUCAGGCUCUUCACCAAGCUGCCGGCAAUGCUGGCAACAGUCUACUUUGAGCAGGAGGCCCUGCACCAGCUCUUCCAGAACUUCAACAUCAUCCUCAAGUACCUUCAGAGGAACAGGGCCACCAUAUUUGCAUCUUCAUACGUGGAUGCAGCUACAGCGCUCCAGCCACCCUCAGAAACUCCCCAGUGA